UGCUCUGUUGACAGUAACAGCCCAUUUUGAGUGUCAUACAGAUUCCGGAACUGUAGCUGAUAUUUAUCCACACAAGAUGACGACGGAGACGUUGUUGCACAUUGCUAAUGUUUCGACGUUGUUGGUUUGCAUGGUGUUGAAAUUCCCGCAGAUCUUCCUGCUGAUGCGAGCCAAAUCCACGAUUGGAGUUAGUCUCCAAAGUCUUGUGUUCGAACUAGUCGGAUACAUUGUGUUUGUUACAUACCAGACGUAUUAUGACUACCCCCCACCUACAUACCUGGAAUAUCCCAUUCUCAUUGCACAAGAUGUCGUUCUUCUGCUGUUGAUUCUGCUCUACAACAGCAGGCUGCAGGACAGCCUCAUCUACACUGUUGCGUUUGUCGUGGGUUGGAGACUCUUAACGGUGGAGAAAUGGGUCAUCGAUUUUGCAAUGAGCCUGUGCACAUUCAUUAGUGCGGCCAGUAAGUUUGCCCAAUUGCAAUGUCUGUGGAAGUCAAAGGACGCUGGCCAGGUUAGCGCGCUCACCUGGGGGUUGGCCUGCUACACCUGCGCAACACGGAUUUAUACCACCAUUGUGACAACUGGAGACAUGCAGGUUCUGUUGCGCUUCAUCACCAUGACCUUGCUGAACAUUUGGGUGCUUUUUAGCGUGUUCUACUACAGGAGGAACAGCCACAGCUCCAUUAAAGACGAUUGAGCACUUCGGAGUGGACAAAUGCUUUGCCAGCAAUGAUACACUGUUACAACAAAAAGAUGUGUUAAACUGUAAAUAACUUUUUUUUUCCUUUGAAAUUGUAUUUUUCACUCCAUUUUGUUGUCAUAUCAUUCCAAUGUUUAGCAUAUGAAAAUAAUACAUCAGUGUUCUACAGUGGAACCCGCUUAUGCCGACCGACACAUCAAGUCCUCGUCCAUCAUGUUUGUAUUACUAGAAAGCCCCAAAAAUUUUAUCCAAAGGGUUCUUUUCUAUGAAAAAUGUCUUUAUAUUCCCUUUACGUCGACAUAUACAGUAUUGUAGUAUUGUCAGCCCCAAUCCGUGGGGUGUUGCCUUACAGUAAUUGUGUUCCACUGUAUUACACAUUAGUAGUGUUGUGUAGUAGGGGACUGUUUAAACCUUCCAACUCAGGAUAAAUAAGCCCGCUUUCCUUUAACAUUUAAUAAAGCUCACUUUUUACCAUCC